AUGACCGAAGGAAAUGAGUAUAGCAGCAACGAUCUUCUUCUACAGUCAUCUAAGAACCACUCAGACUUUCCUUGUUUGAGCUCCGCGGAUGUCGGAUAUAUCGAUGAUAUGGACGACGACACAUUCGAGCUUCCAUUAAAGGCGAGAUUCGCCCAAGCUAGUAAUUUCUCUGAGCUGGAGACAUAUCCUAGUGCCAGUAGUUUCGAGAAACGCGUAAGGUUCGAAGGGCAACCAAAUGAGGCUCAGUUGACUAUUUCAAAAAUGAAUACCCAUGAUCAUCGCGACGCGGAAGCAUCGUCUGACGCGUGCGAAUCAAAAUCUGCACCAAAUUCUACUUGUGCAAGCAGAAAACCGCACGUAGAAGAACUUAUACAGCAUGCUCACAAUCUCAAUCGCUAUUUGGAUCAAAACAUGGAUAAGAUCAAGACAUUCAGAUCAAAACUUCUCAAUUCGGGACCGUAUGACGAUGAGAACAAUAACAUUGUCAGCAACGCAGCGACUGCGCCAACCACCACAUCUGGCUCAGUUUCAAAUUUCCAGCUGAGUGACAGUGAUCAAAGUGACUUUCUUGACGAUGAGCCCGAAAUGCAUGAUCGGCGGGUGGUGAAAUUGCAAACCUACGACGAAAAUGAGGACCACAAGAUCAAGGAUAUUCUUUCAAAACAUCAACCAGCAACUUUUUCUCUGUCUGAGAAUCUCUCUUCAAUGGAUCUGGACAGAGACAAUGCAGGCGAGAGCGAAAAUAAUUCCGGAAAUGUUUCGGUUUGUACGUCAAUGGGGUCUUUUUCUAAAGAUAUGCAUACGUUGCUCAACUCACCCUCGUUGGGCAAGAACAGAGAUUUGCUUCGAGAAAGGCCUUCGACUUUUGAAGAACGACGAUCUACUUCUCUUCUCACACCAGAAGAUGAUACUGAAGUUCCGGAUUUGAACUCAGAAGCCGCAUUGACAUUGUUCUCCAACACAAUUUCAAUUCUUCUCAAAAUGGCCGAGUCUGUCCCCGAGGACGAGAAAGUUGGUCUCCCUGCAUAUGUUACGUUUAUAAUGAAGGCACCUCCCACGCUCAUAUAUGAGCAUUAUUUGGAACGUAUCCAGACCAAAUUCUGUUUCGCACCGAUAGUUUACCUUACCGCAACAUACCUGCUAGAGUGCUUAAUUCUGACGCGAAGAGAUCACGAGUUGCAACUAAAAUUUCCAUUACGGCUGGAGCAAGUCCACAGGCUUAUCAUUGCUAGCAUACGUUUGGCAACAAAACUUCUGGAGGAUUGCGUUCAUUCUCAUGCUUACUUUAGUAAGGUCUGUGGUAUUUCUAAAAAGCUACUAACUAAAUUGGAGGUGGCACUGCUUGAGUGCUUGAACUACGAAGGCCUCAAAAUCACAAAUAGCAAUCUAACAAUGGCAGUUAAAGUUCACGAAGAGCUAUGUGCCAUGGCGAAAUAG